GGCGUAACUUUCAACAUGGCGCCGUCCAUUGCCCAAAAAUCUCAAAAAUGAAAAGGUCAACAAAAGGCCGUGAUUAGAGCAGAUAUAUAAUAAAGCACUGCCAAGGUUGGAGAUGUCGGGGCUCUGCUUCUUAACUCCUGCCAAGAAGAUGGUGUUAUUGAGAGCAGCAGGGAGGGUUCAUCAUUAUCCUCUCUAUCGCAGACUUGCCUCCCAACUAUCAGCCAACCACAUCUUGAGAAAUAGCCCUUCAGAAAAACAAAAACAACAUGUUGCCUAUGUUCAUACCAGCCCAAAGACUUCUGCUGGAUCUCUGCGACCCGGGCAGAGUAAAGACUUCUUGCAGGCCAGCCAAGUUAGAAAGAAAUUCCUGGACCACUUUCAAGGGCUAAAUGAUCAUGUGUUUGUGCCUUCAUCAUCGGUGAUUCCAUACGGUGAUCCUACGCUGCUGUUCACCAAUGCUGGAAUGAAUCAGUUCAAGGACAUCUUUCAAGGUACCAUCCACCCUGACAUGGUCCAGAACUGUUACCGUCGAGUAGUCAACAGUCAGAAGUGUAUCAGGGUUGGAGGCAAGCACAAUGAUCUGGAUGAUGUCGGCAAGGAUACUACUCAUCAUACCUUCUUUGAGAUGCUUGGAAACUGGUCUUUUGGAGAUUUCUUCAAGAAAGAAGCCUGUACCAUGGCUCUAGACCUGCUAACCAGUGUGUAUGGGCUGCCCCUUGAGAAUCUCUACUUUACCUACUUCAAGGGAAAUAGUGAGCUGCAGCUAGGAGCUGAUGAAGCUACAAGACAAAUCUGGUUAGAUUUAGGAGUUCCUGAGGAUAGAGUUCUUCCAUUUGGCAUGGCAGAUAACUUCUGGGAGAUGGGUGCUGUCGGUCCGUGUGGACCUUGUACUGAGAUUCAUUUUGAUCGUCAUGGCAACAGGAAUGCAUCACACCUUGUCAACUUAGGUGACCCAGAUGUAUUAGAGAUUUGGAAUCUUGUAUUCAUGCAGUUUUACAGGAAUGAAGCUGGAAGUCUUCAUGAUCUCCCUAAGCAUCAUGUAGAUACAGGAAUGGGACUGGAGAGACUGGUAUCUAUCCUGCAAGGAGUGCCUUCAAGUUAUGAUACAGACUUAUUCCAACCUCUUAUCAAGAGAUUAGAAGAGACCUGUCCAGUAAGACCCUACCAAGGUCUACUAGGAGAGAAGGACCAGGACCAUAUUGACACAGCCUACAGGGCAGUAGCUGACCAUGCUAGAAUGCUUACUGUGGCUAUUGCAGAUGGAUGUAGACCAGACUCUCAGAAACGUGGGUAUGUGAUAAAGAGAGUGAUUCGGAGAGCAGUGCGGUAUGCUACGGAGAAACUUCAGGCCCCUCCUGGUGCCCUGGGGAGUCUAGUGCAUCUGGUUGUAAUCUCUCUGGGAAACACAUACCCUGAAUUGGAAGAGGAUCCUGUGUACAUCGCUGAUGUAAUCAACAACGAAGAGGAACAGUUUUUAACAACUCUGAAGAAAGGAGAGAAGUAUCUCAAGAAAGCAAUAACAGAACUCAGCCCACGUACAGUACUACCAGGUGACAUUGCUUGGAAGAUGUACGAUGCUUAUGGGUUCCCUCUUGACCUGACGACCCUAAUAGCCGAUGAGAAUGGACUCGGUGUGGACAUCGAGGGCUUUGAGAAGUCUAGACUAGAGUCAAAGGAGAUCACCUCGAGAGGAGGUAUCAAGAACCAGCAGAAUCUAUCAAACAUCAAGCUAGAAACAACAGACAUCAGUCAUCUACAUGAGCUGUCUGUCAAGGACACAGAUGAUUCCUAUAAAUACAACUACCAGCAUCAUAGGCGUGGCAAAUAUACUUUCCCUCGUAUUCACGCUCACAUCUUAGCCUUGAAGACACCCGAGGGGUUUGUGGAGAGCGCCUCCAGUGGUGAGGAAUGUGCAAUCAUCUUAGAUAGGACCACAUUCUAUGCCGAACAGGGAGGCCAGCAAUGGGAUGAGGGAUCCUUCGUAUCAGCAGAUGAUGAAGAGCUGAUGUUUUCUGUUUAUGAUGUGCAAUCUUACGGUGGAUACGUUCUUCACCUAGGGACUACAGCUGAAACGGUUUCUAUAGGUGAUCAUGUGACAUUGUAUGUCAAUGAGGAAAGAAGAGAGAAGCUGAUGAGGAACCACACAGGAACCCAUAUCUUGAACUUUGCCCUUCGACAAGUCCUGGGUCACAUUGAGCAGAAGGGGUCAUCGGUGGCGCCAGACAGGUUCAGAUUUGAUUUCAAUGCUGAGAAGUCAAUAUCGGACAGACAGCUGCAGCAGAUCUCCAGCAUAGCCAACAACCUUAUAUCCAACUCCCUUCCCGUCCAUCAAGAGUCCAUCCCUCUGCAGAAAGCCCUGGCCAUUGAGGGUCUCAGGACUAUGACCGGUGAGACCUACCCUGAUCCUGUCACAGUGGUCUGUAUCGGUCAUCAGGAUGGUCAGUUAAAUGGGGACAUGACCAAGCUUGGAAUGGAGACAUCGCUGGAGCUCUGUGGUGGAACGCAUGUUGAGAACACUGGUCACAUUCGCAGACUGGUCAUUGUAUCUGAGAAGUUGGUCAGUAAGGGUGUGAGAAGACUGACCGUAGUGACCAGUAAUGAUGUCAUGUUAGCCGACUAUACAUCCAACAAGUUUCUUCAGAGACUCAGCCAGCUUGAGACAGAGGUCUACAAUGCAUCAACCUCAAACAAUCCAGAGAUGAGGGAUGAUGUGAUAGCAUCUCUAGAAAGCCUUGUAGAGGACCUUGAAGGGGCUCACAUCGAUCUCUGGAAGAAGAGAGAGAUGAACAGACGAGUCGCUGACAUGCAGAACAAGCUCAAGAAAGCUGACAAACUCAACAAGAAAUCAGUCAUUAAACAGGUUGCUAAAAGACUUCAUGAAGAGUUCAGAGAAAAGAAGAGUGAGGUUUGUUUAGUAGGAGUGACAGGAGAUAGCAUUGAUAAUAAGGUGCUGUUGAAGGUACAGCAAUCAUUGGAAGAUGAGUUUGGGUCAACUCCCCUCAUGCUUCUUAGUACAGAUAAGGAGAAGGCUUAUUGUAUCUGCAGAGUACCUCAGGAGUUAGUUUCCAGGGGAUUACAUGCUAGCCAGUGGAUGGACUCUGUCAUGGGUGAGAUGGAAGGAAAGGGCUUCGGCUCGGAGACGUUUGCUAGGGGGCGUGGCUUAGCACCAUCCAGCUUGGAGGAAUGCGCGAAGAAAGCAAGAAGUUAUGUAGUUCAGAGACUCGAGGAGGAUACGUAGUGUUUCAUGCACUGCAAUUUGAAUUUGAAGUUAUAUGCUUUUUAUUUAUUAUGUCAUAUUAGAGGACUCAUUGUAGAGGGAGAUGCUGACGUUGAAUAGAUGUGUGCUAUCUUGAUGACUUCAUAUAUGUAUGGCAGGAUGUGGCAUUCUAUCAUAUGUAGUGUCACAGUUUAGACAAAUGCAUAUUCAGGAUGUGGUAAGAGGGGAAGGGUAGAUACAAUGCUGAAAAAUGGGUUUAACAUUUGAAAAGGGGGCGGAAGGAGGCAAUGCGAAGAGGCAAUGUGUACAUUUUAGUAUGCCACAUUGGCUGUUGCAGGGGCCUAAACUUUUGUGCUCCUACCCUAAAUCUGCUACUGCCCUAUAGAGGCAUGGGGUGUUCAAAGAGCAAAAUCAUGAGUGAACAUGCAUGUUGAAAGGCAAGCGAGGGACGUUUGGUCUUCCGGCUCCAAUGCAUGCCUACAUAAUUAAGUAAUUACGCGUUAUGCCAGGGGACUAAUGUACUUCAAUACUUGCUUUGUGAUAAACCAGAAUUGACAUGAUGAAGUUAUGAUGAUAGCUCCCCAGUGUGUCUGUGGCAGACAUUCUGCUUUUGAUGUGGUUAGGUCAUGAAGGGGCAAGGUGUUUCUAUCAACAUGAACCAAUUAAAUUGUAUGCCUAAGUUUAUAUGUAGUACAUUACUACAAAUGAUUCAGUCUUUGUUUAUAUAUUUCUUCAUGUAACUGAAACAUGUCUUUUAAAAGAAAGAGUUGGCCUGCAUAUUGCCAAACAGGCCUCUUAAUUACAUGGCUGAUAUGCAUUGUGGUACAAGGCUGGUAUCCUUAUUAUCAUGAGAAUGAAUUUAUGGUGAUGAAUAGUUACAAGACAUUGAUAACCCCUGUGUGUGUGCAAGAUCUUGUAUUAUCAAUUAUGUGUUUGAAGGGAUUGAAUCCUUGUGAGAAUGUACUUAUGAAAAUAGAAAGUUGUGAACGUUAAUUAACUAUAGAAUUAUGGUUUGUCUUUAUCAAAACUACAUUUCAAAUGAAUCUUUGAAAUGGAUAGUGUGUAGCGUUUUCUAAAAGAGAUUCAAGAUAGAAUCUUAUAUGUAGUAUAUUACUACAAAUGAUUGAGUCUUUGUUUAUAUAUUUCGGAUUUAAAUCUUGUGAUAAAUGUGGCUAUAUCAAAGUAUCUUCUGGUCAGGGUGUUUGCAAUCACACAUACAAAUCUUCAUGUGGUUGUAGGUCAUACAUUCUGGUGAUGAUUGCCGUACCGUGCUGUCACUAAACUCAAAACUUGACCUUAAACUAAAUUACACCCAAGCCCUAGUCCUGUAAGAAGCCAGGAGCAAGUUAUUGGAUCACUUUUAUUUGGGAUAAAAACAGGGUAUUAA